UCUUUUUUUUUUUUUUUUUGUUGUUGUUGUUGUUGUUGUUGUUUCUUUCUCUUUCUCUCUGUCUGUCUGUCUGUCUGUUAUCGAUUGAGCUGGAAAAAGAAAAUAUACGAAGAACACAAUAUUAAUAAUAAUAAUAAUAGAUGCUUGCAUGUUCAUGUGUCUUUUCUUUUUCUUUUCUUUUCCUUUUUUUGCCUUUUGAAACGCCAAAAUAUCCUGCAAUGCGUUAUGUAUCGGUUGCAUGGUAUUGUACCGGUGUGUAUGAUAUCGUAUUUUUAUGAAUUUCUCCGCUUCUCGUCCGUACUGUUUUCUGUUUCCACCCGUAUCAGCCUCAUCUCUCUAUUCUCAAUUUCUCAUUUUCCCUCGCCUCGCCAAUAAUACUUUGGCCUCGCUUGAAAAUGCAUCGCGGGGAAGGCCAUGCGGCGUCUUUGGCUUCACCAGAACCAAAAAAACCUCGCCUCCCCAGUCCCAAUCAAACCCGCAGCGAGCUCGCAUGGUCUCGCGUGUGGGCAAACUACCUCGUGGGCGCCACGUUUCGAACCGGUUCAAGCCAGGCCAGACCCAGCCCGAAUUACUUCAAGCCACAACCCAAUCACCGCUCGCCCCUCAGUGCCACCAGGCUCCAAGUGCUGAAACCGGCCAACCAUUAGCCCAACCAGCCCCCGCUCGCAGCCCUGGCUGGACACGCCGAACACUCAGGAAACGCCAAACCAAAAGGGGCGAAAGAAGAAGUCAGGAGUGAUCAAGUCUGGGUCUGCAAACUCUGGGCGGUUGAAGCCAGAAUAUACGGAGUACGGAGUACAGGUUGGAAGUAUUUCGUUACUUCGAGAAUAGCUGUCCAGUUCAGACUUGAAUUCUCAUCUCAUCCCCCGCCCAAAAUUCAUGAUGCCUUGAAAGUUGAGGGCUCCCAGACAGGUCAACAUCUCAGCGGGUUGAACUAAAUUUGCCAACGAUCGCUCAACCCGUCAAGCGGACGCCGCUCCUGUGCCGACAACCAACAAUCCCAUCCAAAAAGAAUGCCCGAUGGGCAAUCCUGAACAGGGCCGGGAAGCCCAUUCUGUGGCAACUAAUAAUAAUAAUAGCUCUGGGAAACAGUACUCCGUAUUAGAAAAUCAAUCUCAUGCCAGCAACAAAACACCUUUUUUAUUUUUCUGUUUAUUAUUUCUUCCUCUCCUCUGAAACAUCAGGCUGGCUGGGUACGCAGCGUACCGAGGCGUGGAGAAUAAGUCCUUGCAUACACGCUAGAAAUUUAUAUUGAAACAGCAGUACCGGAGUCAAAUUGCUCCGCCCGAACCUUCAAUGUUUAGGGGCUCAAGCCUCUAUUACGCAUAGUAGAUAGAGACUCAAUACGGAGCAGUGUCCGACCAGCUAGAUGACGGGCACAACAGGCAUCAGCAGAGCCUGGAAUCGCCUCUAAACAGUUCUGAAGGGGAUGAUAAAAUCUUUUACCAGGUAAAUUACUAGUGUUUGCAAAGGACAUAUUUUCCACGCGCCUCCGUAUGAAUAAACGCCUCGAUUUAGCCACGGCUGAUUAGGCUUGUCGCCGCGCUUCUGAGGAAAUGCGCUAAAACCUCACUAAUCCAACAGAGACGAAAAGUUAGCGAGACUGUCCUUCUAAUAAGUUAACUACCUCUUGCAAAAUUCUUUGCUACGUCGUCUGCGCGAUCGUCAAGUCCGUCCUUGAUCAUUCUGGGUUCGCCCUGCUCAGAGCUCCCUGAUGAUGGCGCCCCAAAGACUGUCGUCAUUUCUUAGGAAAGCUUCGUGGUGGGUGAUUAAUAAGAUAUUAUUAAUCAUCUGAAUCCAAAGGAUCAUUCAUCACUUUGGUAGGUUUUCCCCGAACUGCUUCAAUCUGCUUCAAUCAACCCAGUACUCCGUAGUAUA